AUGAAGAAAACUGUCAAAGUCAUGUACCAGAAAAUAAUAAUUGAUGGGGAAUGCUGGAAAUGGGACCCGGUGGAUGAGGCAUUAGUAAGGGAGAAAGCGGACGAACGAACAAAAAACAAAGACAUGGACAAAGGAAAAGAAACCUAUAAUACUUUAAUGCAAGUAGCACAGUAUGCCCCUGUUACUCGAGCAUGGUUCGGACCACUUUUCUACCUUCUUAUCUCGAAACCAGAAGACACGGAAAUUUUGUUGAACAAAUAUUUAGACAAAAGCGUUUUCUAUGCUAAAUAUUUAGGAGAUACUUUAAAAAAUGCUCUGCCGGUCGCUCCUUUCGGCUCUGCUACUUACAUUACGUAUACUUACUUAUCAUAUUACAUGUUUUUAGAAGCACUAGGAGAUGUAUGUCCCGGCUCACUACAAAACAUAACUAAAUUUGUGUCCAGUGGAAUGAGAUACGAAGAAACUGUGAAAUUACGCUUUUUUAAGCCUCAUCUAAACCUAAAUUAUUUUUGGAAUAGAUCGUCUCUGCGGAAAGAACAACUGGAAAUUUGUCAAGUUUUAGAAGAUUUUAUAAAAGAGAUUAUAGAUAAAAAACAAAGUAAUGCAGUUAGUACCAGUAGCAACAGACAAUACUUAAAUUAUUUGCUAGAAAUGAACGAACAAAAUAAAAUAAGCAUGAGUGGUGUAAUUGAAGAAAGUGUCUUUAUGUUCCACGCGGGCAGUGAAACAAUAGCAGUUACAAUUGGUUCGGCUUUAAUCUUGUUAGGGAUACAUCCCGAAAUUCAGGAAAAAGUAUAUGAAGAAAUAUCCUCGUUACUCAGUGAUGAUACUCAAAGUGUGACACUGGAAGAUGUCAAUAAAAUGUACUACUUAGAACGCGUGGUUAAAGAAACUCUCAGACUUCUCCCACCAGUGCCUUUUAUAGUGAGAAAAGUAGACACAGAAAUGCAGUUCGACUCUUAUUUUGUACCAGCCGGGUGCGACAUCGUAAUUCCCGUUUCCCAACUUCAUCGACUACCUGACAUCUGGCCCAAUCCUUUAAUGUUCAAUCCUGAUAGAUUUUUGCCUGAAGAAGUGGAGAAACGUCCACGUGGUGCUUUCAUUCCCUUCAGUAGUGGUCCCAGGAACUGCAUAGGUUGGAAAUACGCCAUGCUGUCUAUGAAGGUGUUCUUAGCUAUCAUUUUGAAGCGUUUUAGAGUAGCAGAAUCUCUUGAUUAUAAAAAAGUAGAAGAUAUAGAUUUGGACAUGUGUAUAGUGGCAACGGCUAAAAAGGGAUACCGGGUCAGACUUGAAGAAAGAAACUAAAUCUUGUAAAUUUGAAUAUGUUUACAUUUUUAAAGUGA